AUGACGUUGAGGGCCUUCAUGGAGGCAGAUCACCGAACGUGGGACAGCCAUCUGCACGAAUUCCGUUUUGCCUUCAAUACAGCGGAGCACAGCUCCAUCCAGACGAGUCCAACAUUUGCGAAUUUCGGCAGAAAUCCUAUUGCUGCGGUAUCCCUUCGAUGCGAGCUCGAAGGAGACGUUGAGAUAAUCCCUGGUGAAUCCCAAGAAUGGGUCGAAAGGAUGCGGAAACUGGAGGUGCUCCGGAAAAUCCUCAUUCACCCCGUGCAGGAAUCCGCUGAUAAGCAGGCCCGGGCUGCUGUUGUUAUCACUACAAUCUCCGUCGACGAGACGUUGAGUUCCAAGAGGAGUUCAUCACCGGAGGUCACCACCACUACCAGGGCAGAAUGCCUGACUGCGGACCUUACGGAGAGCCCACCACCUUCACCACCUCCAGGCUUGGAAGCCAAGGACGAGCCAGCGCCCACCCUCAGUCAGCAAGCGGCGUUGAUGAAUGCCCAGCUAGGCCUGGAGUGUGUCCUGUAUCAGGAGGGAAUCCCCGUCGAAGACCUCGAUGAUUAUUCGUUUCCGAAAGAUGAGGCGGUCGACCAGCUGGGCUCACCUCCUUGCCCACCGCGCUACUUACCAGAGACGGGGGCGAUUUCUCCGCCAUCCACGGCUGCACUCGUCCACCCGAAUUCAGGACUAACCCCUCGAAGGGAACAACCCGGGCCACCCCUUCGCUUCCCACAUUUCUGGGAUCCUGUCGGCCCCUGGCUCGCUGACAUCAGGAGCAUUGAGAGGACGAUUCCAGGUUUCGCUGACGCCCUGUCCGCCUGCUCCCUCGCUCUACUCCAGCAGCUAACAAACUUGAGGUAUGAGAUCCCCCCUCUUCCAUUGGGAUCUUUGGAGACCACCACCGCGGACGAGAGGGAGGAAGUUGUUAUCCGCGACGUACAGUCGGUGGAACAGUCUGGAGGCCCCACUGCCUCGUCGGUUCCAGACCUCACGUCUGAGUCAUCCGAUACCCCGUCGGUCCCCUUAAGUCCACUAGGCCUCGACUUGCAGUCUGGCUCUUCAAGCUCCUCGAGCUCCAGCACAUCCUCCUCGGAUUCAAGAAGCUCCAUCGAGACAUGUUUGGAAGCAGAGGACGGAGAUCCAGGUCGUCUAACUGGUUUAGUACUCCAGGUCACUCCUAUCCGGAGCCCAGAGAGUAGUGUCGCCGAAUUCCUAGAACUCGACAAUCAGGAGGAAUUCUCGUUGGCCGGCACAACCCCGGGACCUACCUUACUUCCGACUCCAUCACCCCCUAAUGUGGAGUCGAGUCUGCAGGAUCCCCCGCUCACGAACACGAGUGUCAGCGAGAAAAACCAUCCUGGUCAGCCCCCGGAAGUCAGAGAUGGCCAGGGAACCUCCGCCGCAGCUACCCUGGGUAUACCUCCGGUGAUGACAUCAUCUCCGACGAAGGCACCUCAGGUGCCCCUGAGCCCGCCUCCCUUGGCUCCACCUCCGGGGGGGUCAGCCGAACAACAACCCCUCCAGGCCACUCCGUCCACGCAGGGUAGCCCCCCGACACCAGCAGAGAUCGGCGCGACCACUCCGACGGUCACCACUGCCAACAUGCCAAUAGCUGUUGCGAAUAGUCCCAGAGGAUUGAGUACUCGGCCAAGCACCGACCAUCAAGAGGGAACUAGGACAAAGCGCGUUAGUGGCCCACCAGACCACUAA